AUGUACCUUGUGUGGAAAAGUGUUUGGUGGGGGAUUUAUAGGAUGAAACAACAUAUUGCUCAUGUGACGGGGAAUGUAUCUUCAUGUCCAAAGUCUACAAAAGAUGAUCAAUUGAAAUGUCUAAAUUAUCUUAACGAAGGGAAGUUGAAAAAGAAAGCUAAAAAAGUUCAUAUUGAAGAGUUAAGGGUAGAGGCGAGACAAGAAUUGCAUGAUAGCGUGGAUGAAGUAGAAAAUUCUUUGGGGUCGAAGGCUCCAAAUGUUAUAGGCCCCAUGGAUAACUUCACAAACAUAAUAAACCCCGAAGAAGUUAUGAAGGUGGGAAAGGGCAAAAAUAUUGAUCUUAACAAUAUUGUCCGGAAAGAAAGAAUAUUAGCGGUCCAUAAAUUUAUUAGUAGGUGGGCAUAUGAGAGUGCGAUUCCUUUUCAUGCCUUUGAAAGGGAUAGGUUCAAAAUGAUGUUGGAGGUACAUACAAAGAAACCAAAUAGAUUGGAGACAAGCAAAUUGAACAAUCAUGUUUAUGUUCAAUUCAAUGCUAAUUUAAUGGAGAAAAACAAAAAGAGAAAAGAUAGAAACAUGGAAGUGCUAUUAUCAAAUCAUUCUCUUUCCGCUCAAGAAUGGAUUGUUGAUUGCGAUGAUUGUGAUGUAGAUGAAGUAGACCCCAAAACGGUUGAUGAAACUCUUGAAACCGAUGUUAGUCAAGCACCCCGAGAAAGUCCAAAAACGAGGGAACUUUUCGAUGAAGAUUUCGAGUCCGAGAGUGAGGAGCAAGUGUUAGAAGAAGAUGAAUAUGAGUCGGAUGGGGUUCAAAUAAUGGAAGUAUGUGGUGAAGAUUAG